CUGAUCUGGAUCUCAGUCUGGGGGUGCCCAUGGUCCGCAGCAAGGGUACUACGCCCACACCACCACUCUACACGCAGUCACAGAGUGUAUAAAGCACUUGACACUAAUGGCAUUUCUGUGUGACUUCUCAUUCUGAUGUGUUUCGAGGAUGGAUCAACGGAACCUUGGCUGUUCGAUGUCCAGCGCAGCUCUUCUGUGUUGUCGGCAGUGUAGAAGAGAUCGGAACAGCUUCACCUGUCGUCCCCUGAGGCACGAAGAUGAGGAUGACGAUGUGUUGGGGGCUGAGGAGAAUCCAAAUGGCUCUUACUUUACAGAUGGUGAUGAAGCCACACAUCUAUACAGACCACGAGGCUGUCCUUGUGAAGGCAGUGGAGACGUAUUUGGGUCAGUCAUCACAGACCCGUCGGAUUUCUACAUUCACGGGACCUUGGAUGAAGAUCGGGAUGCUCCUGAACUAUGGACUGGGCACAUAUUCCCCUACUGCGACCACACUACCAGCCAUGAUGUACACCACCCUCAUGGCUAUUCCCAUAGAAGUGAGGGAAAUAGUUGUGCAUGUCUUUAUAGGCCAACGGAAAGCUGUGAAGGUGUCUCGGAACAGUGGACCUGCUCACCUUUCCCUUGUCUUGGUGUGAGCAAGACACUGCUGGUUGGAGUUGAAGUGGACAUUGUUGAAGAAUUGGAAUUUGAAGACACUGAGGUAUUAGAAGAGCCAGUCAUGCCGGACAUGUUGUCCCAGCAGGUUUUGACUGAGAGUGGGCCUACACUGACUCAUGAAGACCAGCUGCUUCUUUAACUGCUUUAUCUGUAUCAUCACGUUCAUAGAUUUUUAAAAGCAUUGUCUGUUUGCCAAUUGUUUCUUAUGUACACAAUGUAAGGUGAUAUUAAAGUGAAUUGUACCUGCAA